AUGAAUUUAAGUGAGGAUGUUUUAAAAGGAAUAGAAACUCUAUCAGAUGAAAAAUUAAUAAAUGAUAGUGUAUUUAAACAUAUUAUCGAUACUUGUUUUUUAGUAAUAUUAAAGAAAAAAACUGAAUCUGAUUUAUUUGAUAAUAAAGCUGUAUCAAGUGUUGAUACAAUUGCAUUAAAACAAACUUUUUCAGCAUUCAUCGUUUUUAUUUUAGAAUCAAUGAAAAUAAAUUAUGAUCAAUCAUCAAUAAGUGAUUUAUUGGAAGAACAUAAAUUAUCAAGUAGUAGAAUUGAUUUCAUUUCAAAUUAUUUUAAAGAAUAUAGAGUUGCAAUUAGAAAACAUUUAUCAGUAACAAACUUUCAUUUUCCUCAUAUUAUUGAUGUAAAUUGGAGAUUGGAUUUAUUCAUGAAAUCAAAUGCUGUAGAGAAAUUAAAUACACCAGUUUAUUUAAUUAAUUUAACUACUGAACAAGAAGAAAAUGUUAAAGGUAAAGUUCAAUUCGCUGCAACUUUAGAUCAAUUACAAGAUUUAGUAUUUAAACUUAGAGAUGCUCAAAAACAAAUUGAGAGAUCUUCUAUAAAAUCUUAA